CUCGCUGCGACUGAGCGAAGAUGGCGGAUACGGUGGCAGCUGGGUUGGGAGAGGAAAAGGAGACGGAGAACGGGGACAAAGAAAAGGAGAAGCCGGCAGGGAGCGUCAGAACUAAUUCGGAGAAAAGCAACAACGCCUCGGAAACUACAGAAACUCUGGGGUUUUAUGGAAGGAAUGCUGUCAACCAGGAGAGGCGGAGAAGCCUGUCAGAUCUUUCAUUGGUGCGGUUUAUUAGUGCUGAGCUGACCCGUGGAUACUUUCUGGAACACAAUGAGGCAAAGUACACAGAGCGGAGAGAAAGAGUUUACACAUGUAUGCGGAUACCCAGGGAACUAGAAAAGUUGAUGUUUUUCGGGUUCUUUCUGUGCCUGGAUGCCUUUUUAUACAUCUUUACUCUCCUUCCCAUGCGAGUCAUCCUGGCCCUCAUCAGGCUCACCACCCUGCCCUGCUGUGGACUCAAGGCAAAUACAUGCCCAUUCUGCAAAAAGAGUCAAAGCAGCAGUGGCAAUCGCCUAUUGCAGCCUGCCCAGGUUUGUGAUGUCCUGAAGGGCUUUAUAAUGGUUAUCUGUUACUUCAUGAUGCACUACGUUGACUACUCUAUGAUGUACCACUUAAUCAGAGGGCAGUCUGUCAUCAAGCUCUACAUCAUCUACAACAUGCUGGAGGUGGCAGAUCGAUUGUUCUCAUCUUUCGGGCAGGAUAUUUUGGAUGCCCUGUACUGGACUGCAACAGAACCCAAGGAAAAAAAGCGUGCACAUAUAGGAGUGAUUCCACAUUUUUUCAUGGCAGUACUUUAUGUGUUUCUACAUGCUAUUCUUAUCAUGGUCCAAGCAACAACGUUGAAUGUAGCCUUUAAUUCACAUAACAAAUCGUUGCUAACCAUCAUGAUGUCAAACAAUUUCGUGGAAAUUAAAGGGAGUGUUUUCAAGAAAUUUGAGAAAAACAAUCUGUUUCAGAUGUCAAAUAGUGACAUUAAAGAGAGAUUUACAAACUAUGUACUGCUGCUCAUAGUGUGUCUCAGGAACAUGGAACAGUUCUCAUGGAAUCCAGAUCACCUGUGGGUUUUGUUUCCUGAUGUCUGUAUGGUAAUUGCCUCCGAGAUUGCUGUUGAUGUUGUAAAGCAUGCUUUUAUUACGAAGUUUAACGACAUAACAGCAGAUGUAUAUAGUGAAUAUAGAGCCAGUCUUGCCUUUGACCUUGUAAGCAGUCGGCAAAAAAAUGCGUACACUGACUACAGUGACACCGUGUCCAGGAGAAUGGGGUUUAUUCCUCUACCUCUUGCUGUGCUUCUGACGAGAGUGGUGACAAGUUCGGUGAAAGUCCAGGGAUCCCUUGCUUUUGUGUGUGCAGUGCUGUUCUACUUGGGGAUAAUAACACUUAAAGUGUUGAACAGUAUAGUAUUGCUGGGAAAGUCUUGUUUAUAUGUUAAAGAGGCCAAGAUGGAGGAAAAGCUGUUUCAAAAUCCACCAGCUGCAACACCGGGAAAACAAGCCAGCAAGUCAAAGAACAAAUUUACAAACCCACCAGCAGACGAUUUAGCCAACGACGGCCUUUCGGCAUCUAUCACCAGCCAGCCAGUUCAUCGGUCUGAAAACCCUUCAUCUGCACUUCCAAACAGUAACUCUGACCAGUUUCUCACCACUCCAGAUGCAGAAGAGAAGGACAUAACCUCAGACAGAUCUGAGCUCAAGCACAGAACAGCAAAGAAAGAUCUUCUGGAAAUAGACAGGUUCACAAUAUGCGGAAACCGGAUUGACUAAUGUUUUCAGUUUUCCUCAUCAGAACUGCUCAGGAGACCCAGCAUGGCAAAUGAUAUACUGCCAAGAACAUCCUUUGCCAAAGAGUGGCACUAAAGUAUUUAUUGAAAUACAAGUAAUUUAUUGUUGACUGGAAGAAUUAUUCUUAAUUCCUCUUGGUUUUUCCCCCAUUCUGCCGGUAACCCUGCAGUGAGGUGACUUCUGAGUCGAUGAGGCUUCCAGUGAUUAACAGAAAACAUUUGUUCAGUCUUGCUUAACCGUCCAGUUGACCGAAGUGGAGGAACUCACUGCUUUGUGAGGCGGACCGUUAAAGAUGGCUAUUCAGCGAUAUUUCCAACAACAAAACGGACUGUUAUUCAAAGGCCUUUAAUGUACUGUAGAAGGGUGUGCCUAGGACACUUUAAAAUAACCAUUGAAAUAUAGUGGAGACUAAGGACUGCACAGUUCUGAAGACUUUAAUCAUAUAUACUUAUUCCCCCUUUUCAUCACGGUACAGUAGGUCACCGAAAUCAUUGCCUGUUAACAACGCAGUUUUAUUCAUCAAUCAUUUUCUGUUUCUGCCAAUGAGAAGAGCCCUGAUUGCAUAAUUGACUUUGAGUGUUUGAAGGCUUCUUUUAUUGAUUUUGACAUUUUCAGAGUACAAGGUGUACUGUAUGUAGAAUAUUACGUUCUACUGAUUCAGUUAAUUCAGUUUGAAUGUAGUAAGGAUACAGAUUCAAUCAGAAAUAUAAGACUGAAAUGCACUUAGAUGACGUUGAAUUUUUUAACAUAGAUCAAAGAAUGCAAAGUGGAAUUUUUUAAGUACCACAGUGUUUUGCAAUGAAUAUAAAUGCAUUGAAGAUGGAACUUUAUACUGCAAUUAGUGUAUGCUUUUGUACUUCUGAGUACAGCAAGAUUGUUGUGAAAUGAUGAAAUGCUGUUGCAAACUAUAAUUAUGCUGUUGCAAAUCAUAAUUUUGCAUAUAGUCUUUUUAUUGUAACUACCUUUACUGAGGGACAUUACCAAGUGUGUUUUAGGUUUGACAUCAGUCUUGUUUGGAUUGUUUUUUUAUGUUUUACGCACUGAUACACCAAAUGUCUUAAGUCUUAUUUUUUUGCAACAGUAAUAUCCAUUUUCCACAAGUACUUAGUAACAGAACUGACAAUAUUUCAAAUUAUAAAUUGUAACCAACUUAAAUCAUAACAGUGAAAUAAGGAAAUCAUUACAUUCUGAAGUGCCACAGAAAUGCAUCUAGAAUCCAUUUAUUUGUAUUCCAAUAGAUGUUACAGAUCAGCAGAGUAAAAGCAUCCCAUUUUGUGAAGUUGUUUAGUAAGAAUUUAGAGCUGUUUACCCAGUGCUAUUUGCCGUUUAUUGGGGGGAAAAAGCUUUUAGAAUACAGAAUUGUCCUCAAGUGUAAUGUUUAGUUACUGUUUAGCCUUUUCAACAGGUUAGAUGUAUGCCAUUUGAAAUAAGCAGAUAAAUCUUUCAAUAGUUUAGUGUGACUACAGAAAUUUAAAUAACUUUGGACAAAGUAGCUCAUCUGACAGUAAAGAUUAAAUAUUUAAAUUAGAAAAAUCUGAUCUGCAAAUUAAGUUUUAAUCCACAGAGUGGAACUGUGUGGACAUACAGUUUGACUAUAUGGCUUUUUUCUAAUACAAAAGAAAAUAUUGAAAUGCAAUAUAAACAUUUCCAUACCAGCAUUCAUUGAAUUCACUUUGAGACGGGUUUGCCUUUACUGGACUUUAACCAUGGAAUUACAAAAAUACCCCCUAUUUUGAGAAAGCUGGACCAUGGCAUUUUAGCAAGUUGGCUGGUACAUUGAAUAGCAUUUUGUGCAUGGAAUUAAGUAGUAAAUACCAACAUUUUGUACACUUAAACAAGUCUCUUUGUAAUGUGAUGUACACAGAAACAGUAAUGGUAUAAUUAAUUUAAUUUUUCAUGUAUUAAAAUACAAGACUAUGUACCUUUGUAAUAAAUGCAUCUCAUUGGGGGUGAUAAAUAAAAGCUUUUUGUAACUUU